AUGGGGAAAAAUGUGAAGCCCCCAGUGAAAGAUCCACCAAAAAGCAAUCCAAGUAAGCGCCAUCGGGAAAGACUGAAUGCCGAAUUGGAUCAUCUUGCAAGCCUAUUGCCGUUUGAACAGAGCGUGAUCUCAAAACUUGAUAAACUUUCCAUCCUCCGCUUGGCAGUUAGUUAUCUGCGGAUCAAGAGCUAUUUUCAAGCAGUGUUACCCGACCGUUAUUCCAUAGAGAGCCAUUUAUUGAACCGGUCACACCUCUUCCCAGAGCCUGGCUUUUCAGAAGGAGACAGUAUUUUACAGGCUCUAUAUGGAUUUCUGUUUGUUGUAACCUGUGAAGGAGAGGUUUUCUUCGCUUCCCGCACUGUGGAACAAUACCUCGGAUUCCAUCAAUCCGACAUCAUUCACCAGAGUGUUAUGGAGUUAAUUCACUCCGAAGACAGAGAAGAAUUCAAGCGCCAACUGCUGUGGAAUUCAAGUCUUCCUCCAGACAAGACUAACCUUACACUGCAUGAAAUAAUGCUUCCUGAGAACAAUCAUUAUUUACACCGGUCUUUCACAGUUCGGUUCCGCUGUUUAUUGGACAAUACAUCUGGCUUUAUAACUUUAGAAAUUAGUGGCUGGAUCCGUAUUCUCCAUGGGCAAGCUUUGAAAUCUGAAGAACCAAUGAUGGCUCUAUUUGCUACAUGUUGUCCAUUUGGACCCCUCUCCUUGUUUGACAUUCCAUCACGAGAUCUCACAUUCAAAUCAAAACACAAAAUGGACCUUUCACCCUUGUCCAUGGACAGCAGAGGGAAAAUGAUGUUUGGUUAUUCAGAUAGGGAACUGGUGACCAAGUCAGGAUAUGACCUGGUGCAUCCUGAUGACCUCUCAUACUUUGCAGCUGCACAUCAAGAAUUGAUUAAAACUGGGAGCUCGGGAUUGAUAGCUUAUCGUUGGAUCAUGAAGGAUUUGAGAUGGCUUUGGCUUCAGUCAAGCUGUAAAGUGGUAUACAAGAACAGCAAACCUGAUUUUGUCAUUUGUACACAUAGACAACUCACAGAUGAUGAAGGGCAAGAUUUAUUCGGCAAACGUGGGAACGAAUUUAAGUUGCCGUAUCCGCUGCUGGACUUGGAUAUUUGUUCAGGACCUGGUUUUCCCGAAGACGAUUUCCUAACAAAAACGAAAUCAAGUAAGAGUAAGAAGCAGAAAUCUCAAGUACGGGACUAUCUUCAGGCAAGUCGCAAAAGGAAAGCCACCACAUACAGAGAUGCUUUCCCUGCCCUCAAUGGCUAUGCAUCAUUUUCUAGCUUGAAUGGUUAUGGCGCAUGUGACGGUGCCGAAUUGAAGCCCGACCUUUUUUACUCGUAUCCGGGCAACAACUUUGCUUUGGAUUCUGACAUCUACCGUUCCCAUGGUUACACUCCCCUCACAAGCUCCGUCUACUCAGCGACAGAUCCGUUUGCUGAAAAACACUGUUACUCAAAUGGUUAUUAUUUCGAUCACAGACAGUACCAGCAUCCAUUGUCAUACCACAGUAACAGCUAUGCUGACUUAGUGGCUCAGACGAAGUAUAGCUACGAUAUUCCCAAAUAUGGUUUCGAUAGCUAUAGCAUAGACCUUAGCAAGAAGGUCCAUUUCGGUGAAGAUUUUUCCCGCUUUGAUAAUGACUAUCAUCGUAAAUAUGGUUACGAGUAUUCUACUGAAAGAAUCCCACCACGAAUCAAUGGUAAUUUUGACUCGAUGGAGUACCGUUCGACAGCUGUUUUCAACAAUGCUCCUUUGCUCGGUUGUGCUGACUCUUGUACGGCAGGGGGAGCAGUGUCGUCUCCCACCUGUUUGCCGACUGCUUCCAUAUAUAAAACGCCCCUUAAUGAAAGCAGUCAACAGCAGCAGCAACAACAACACCAGCAGCAGCAGCAACACCAGCAACAACAACAACAGCAUCAACAACAACAGCAGCAACAACAGCAGCAACAACAACAACAACAACAACAGCAUCAACAUCAGCAACAGCAACAACAACAACAACAACAGCAGCAACAACAAGCUUCAGUACCAAAGACAUCGUUGAUAGAAACGAAAGUCAAAAACUCUGCGAGUACAAUAGACAGUCAUAACAUUUUGCCCCAUAACACGGUCAUAAAAAACAUUGGACACCCGGCUCACCUCAGUAAUACACAUUCGGAUAGCUCAGAUCAACAACAACAACAACAAUCAUCACAACAACACCAUCAGCACCAUCAUCAUACACAACAUCAACAACAACAAAACCACCACCAUCAACAGCAACAACAACAACAACAACAACAAGUACAACAACCACACCAUCAGCAACAUCACCAGCAUCAUCAGCAACAACAACAACAACAACAACAACCACAGCCACAACAAACACAGCAACAACAACAACAACACAGUAGCAAUACAACAAACCUGUACAAGAGGACAAACGUCAUAACGAGUAACUCAUCAGUGCUGCCGUGGACAUCGUGUGAGAAAUCAGCUCAUGUCCUCAAACAGAAUAUGGUCAGUACUGCCCCGCUGGAGCACCGACCUGACCCAACGAACCAACAUAAGACUGUUAUAGCUGACAUAAACUCAAACGAAAAAGUGACUUUAUCCUCCGGAGUCAUGUUAGCUAGCCUACCCACAUCGAGCCCAAUCACGGGUUCAACUCCUGCCUCAGUCAUUCAAUUAUCUGAGAAAGCCAAUCACAACAGACUCUGUGAGAAGCAGGCAAUCAUGAGCAGCAUCCCGGUUCCUGUUGUGAAAUCGUCUGCUUCGACGUCGCCAUGGAUACAGCAGUAUGUCGGCCGGCACAGCACGGUGGGUUACGGCUGUCUCAAAGACUGGGCCUCGUCGGUUGCUAGUGUUAGUGAUAGUUACCCCUGCCACCAGAAAAUACAACAGGGUUUAAUUCCAGGGGACACAUAUUCUCAAGCAGCAAAAGUAGGGUAUUAAAAGAAAAUUCCAAUGAAUCAGACACCAGAUGACAGAGAAGACUGAAUGAAAUAGAUUUUUAAAAAUUAACUUCUUUUUUUAUCUUGCCUACUGUCUAUCCAUCUAUCUAACUACACCUAUCUAUUAACUUCUCUCUCCCCCGCUCUUUACCUGUCUAUCUAACCACACCUAUCUAUCUAACUACACCCAUCUAUUCACUUCGCUCUCUCUCACCCUCUAUCUCUCUAUGUAUGUAUGUAUCUAUCUUUCUAUGUAUGUAUGUGUGCGUGUGUAUGUAUGUAUCUGUCUAUCUACCUGUCAGUCCAUUUAUCUAUUUGUCUCUCUGCCUGUCUGUCUGUCCAUUUACCUUUCCCAUCAUCACUGUUUACCCUUCUCUGAUUCUUUAAAUAUUCCCCACCUCACUCAUUUUCAUUCCAGCCUCCUUCUCCCACUCUCACACGGUCCUUCCUCCAUUCUCAGCACUAUUAAGACUGUUGCCUGCAAUCCCUACCUAACCUGCUGUUAUAAGCAAUAGGCUCAGCGACUCAUACAUUGACCAGUCCCCUGGGACUGGCUGUACUCCACAUCAAUUGGCCAGACUAACAUUGUAGUCAUCCUUCUGACAAAAAUGACCAAAUUGAUUAACUCAAGAAUAAUAUUUGUCCAAAGGAUUCUCGUUGAUAACACUUUGGUUUUGACACCAGAGAUAUCCCUUCUGUCGGCUCUUUGCGUAGAUCUACGUGCAAGCAGUAUACGUGUGUUUCUGCUCUCACACAUGCACACACACACACGUUUAUGUAUACUAGUAUAUAGGUAUGUAUAUACAUACGUACAUACAAACAUAAAUCCAUACAUACACACACACAUGUAU